CCCUUAGCGACAGACAUGUAUUAUCUCGCGAGAUUACAGGGGGCACUUCCUCUUUGCGUUCUCGCAGCCAUGCCGACCAAGAAGUCCAAGACUAGGAAGCUGCGCGGGCACGUCAGCCACGGGCACGGGCGCAUCGGUAAGCACAGAAAGCAUCCCGGAGGCCGCGGUAACGCCGGAGGAAUGCAUCAUCACAGGAUCAACUUCGACAAAUAUCACCCAGGGUACUUCGGGAAGGUGGGCAUGAGGCAUUACCAUCUGAAGAAGAACACUGUGUUCUGCCCCACCAUCAACCUGGACAAGCUGUGGACGCUAGUCAGCGAACAGACGCGGGUCAACUACGGCCAGAAGCCCGACGGCCCCGCGCCCGUCAUCGACGUCGUACGCGCGGGCUAUUUCAAAGUGCUGGGCAAGGGCAAGCUGCCGAAGCAGCCGGUGAUCGUGAAGGCCAAGUUCUUCAGCCGGCGCGCGGAGGAGAAGAUCAAGGGAGUGGGCGGAGCCUGUGUGCUGACCGCUUAAACGUUAAUAAACCUGAUCAAACUCUC